CAAAGACAAGUCACAUGAGACAUACGGAACACGUUGCCAGGCAACCGUUUUUCACUGUAAUUGACAUUUAAUACCUUCUAACCGUUGCACAUUUUUUUACUGCUUUAUUUUCUCAUAACUUAAUUUAUCAAUCAUGCCGCCUAAAAAAGAUAAAGGUAAAAAAGAGGAUCAUCUGGCUGGGGCUUUUACGGAGGUAGAAAGAACGUUUUUGGAACAAGAACUAGCCGAUUGUAACAGAAAGCUAGCGAGGCUUCGGGCCACCGUCGAUGAGUACGAACAACAGAACGAUGACUUGCAGAAAGCUUAUAACAAGUUGGACGAGGAGCGAGCCGAUAUCAUUGCUUUCCUAAAAAAGAAUCUUACCGCCAAAAAUGAGGAAAAUAAUGAACUAAAAGAAAAUCUUAAAGUUCUCGAGGAGACCAGAGCAAGAGAGACGGUUAGGUUCAAAGAAACUAUAGCAGAUCUAGAUAAACAUUUCAUACUAAUGAAGGACCAAUUAACGUCUGAGAAUAAACUGAUGUCGGGCAAGUUGAAUACUUUAGAAGAAUUUCGGGCCAUUAGAGAUGAUCUUAUGAAAAAAUUUGAAAAACAGGAACAGGACUUUAUAGAUCAAGAAAUGAAGUACAAAAGAGUUAUUUAUGAAACCGAAAAAAAAUUUGUCAUAGGUAAAGACAAAUUAAAAAAAGAAAUGGAAGCCAGUCUUUUAAAACUAGCCCAAGACUUUCAAGACGCUACCGAAUUAAGAAUCGCCGCAUCCACACAUCGUGUGAUCAGAGAAAAUAUAGCGAUUAACAAUGAACUAGAUAGCAUUUUAUCGACUCAAUCUAAACUGGCGGAACAAAAUGAAAAAUAUAAAGAAAGCGAACGAACUGCACGCAUUUCCAUGGAACUAGCAGAAGAAGAAAGGGAUAAGGCAAUAAAUAAAAGCAUAGUGCAGCAAAAAGUAAUUAAUCAAUUAACAACAGCUUUCCAAAGCCUCAAUAAGGAAAAGGCGCUUUUUGAGAAGAGAAAUUAUGACUUUGAAGUGCUACAGGCAAAAAUUCAAAAAUUAACAAAAGAAAAUGAAAAUUUGUGUUUGCAAGUUCGCAUUUUAGAACAAAACUUUCAUGCGAAAUCGACCGAUCAAAACAAAUACACAGUUGAGUUUUCUAAAGUAAAGAAAGAAAAUGCAAAGUUAAAGAAAAUUAAGCAAGAAGCGGUUACGGCAAUCCAAGCGGCGUUGAAACUAGACAAGUGGUCGUCGACUGAUAUCAGUCGGAAUGCCAUCGAUAGGGAAGUUUUGCUUUCGCGCUUACUUGGGAUAAUAACCCAAUACAGGGAAUUAGAAAAGGCCGAAUCGGCAGACACUUUGGUUUCCUUUGGAAGAAUAUACGAAGAAGGAGAUUUAGGAUUCAUUCCAAAGCCGAGUUCUAAAAAGUCGAUGGGAUCUACUCUAUUUCUACCUUCGUCUAAAGAAACGAUCCUAAGUGAGAAAGAGAGUUUGCCCUCGGUGGCGGUCACGAGGUCGUCUUUAGGUAGCAUUAAAACUAUACCCAGUUUGAAAGUGUUGCCAGCUGUGUCCGAUCAAGAUGUGGUUAUGAGAGUAAGCAGUCCGUCGUUGAUAUCGUCGUCUCGCUCAACUAAAACCGCAGAUUCCGUUGAAAGCGAACAGGACGAGGAGACCGAUGAUAUUGAAAAACAACUAAUGAAGAGUAAACUAGAAAUUCAAAAAUCUAUCAUGAAAGACUUGGCAUACUCACAAAUGACUUUGAGUUCUAAACAAAAAUUCUCUGAAGAUCGACAAAAGGUAUUGAUUUCUAAGAUAGCCGUUACCGAAGCUAGUGAAGCUGGAGAGGGAGAUAAAGUUGGAGAUGAAAGUAAAGAUGUCAAUAAGAACGACCAAGAAGAUGCCCAAAAGAUAAAUGAAGAAAUCCCUGAGCAACCUGGCAGUGCUAAUGAAGAAGCAGACCAAAAAUAACAUGACG